AUGCGCGUUCCGCCGUCAGCAGGAUUCUCAGAAGCCAACGCAUCGUCGCCCAGGUCCAUUCCGGUCUCUCAUCUACUCUCGAAUCAUCCCUCAUCACCACCCAGGCACCAGCUAGCGGCGCCCACGCAGCAAACUUUGUACCGACAGCCUCCGGUAGACCAGUAUCCGACCUCGCAAGUUGAGUACAGGCCGCAGCCACUUUCGUACCCACCAGCACCCCCACAUCGAUUUGAGCAGGCGCCCGCGCCGUUUCGACAGCCACAGCCAUAUCAGUCUUUCCAGCCAGCAGCGCACUCACAGUACCAGCGACCCCAGUACUCUCCUGCACAUCCAUCCCUGGGCAAUGACCAUUUCGAUGGUAGCCCACAUAGCCCGUCGAUCAGUGGAUUCUCAUCGCCAAGCAGCUAUAGCCAUUCCGAAGCAUCGCCACGCUCAUCGCUUGCACGACCUCCAAAGUCUGGCGCCAGCAAAGCGCCACCGCUGGAUUUUGCCCUCAGUAUUCGACAGCAGCCCGUGGCAGCUCGGGCCUGUGGAUUCGGGGAACGCGAUCGCCGUGUUAUAGAUCCUCCGCCGAUUCUCGAACUCAAGAUUACAGAUAGAGUGACAGGCUUUCCAGAGCAAGACCUCAACGCCAUGCUCGCGCUGCACUGUACUCUACUGAGUCCAGAUGGCACCGCCGACGAGACAGAGUUGCCAUCUGCACAUCCCGACAUUCCGACGACCCGGAGACUCAUGGGCACGCUUGUUGCAUCGCCUUACCAGGCAAAGGACGAAAAUGGCAUCGCGGGAACCUUUUUUGUGUUCCCAGACCUCAGUUGCAGAUCUCCUGGCAAAUACAGGCUCAAGUUCCGCCUUCUGAGAGUCGACACCAGCAACAUGCAAGUGGGCGCGACUCAUGGCAACGUUGCCAGCGCCAUGACCGAUGYCUUCAAUGUGUACACGGCGAAAGACUUUCCUGGUAUGCGGGCAAGUAGCGGUCUACUGAAGGCGUUACGACGACAGGGAUUGAAUGUCGGUGUGAAGAAGGGCUCUGAGAGUCGAAAGGGUAAAAGCAAAGCCAAAAAGGAGGCCGAAAGCUCAAUUUCGUCCUCCGAGGGCGACGACGACAGCGACGUGGAUGUCAGAGGUGGCGUGAACCGUAGUCAUCCCACUUCUGGUGGUGUCAGCCCCAAGACCAAGGAGAGACAGAAGGGAAAGAGGAGGAAGCGAGACUGUUGA